AUGACCUCGCACCCGCAUGUCCAAGCUACCGCCGGGUUCCCGUCGGAUGGGGAGCCGGAGAAGGUGAAUUUGAUUUUCUGGGAAUUCCUUGGUGGGAGGAUUGUUACUGCUUUGAAUACGGCUAACCCACCCAAAGCUUACUCGAUCAGCGACUCGCGCCUUUAUCUUCCCAAGGAGUUCACGACAAAUAGCUUCAUUCCGAAAUAUGUUUCAUUGGAAUGGCAGAAUAACAUCGAUAACUGCAAGAUUGAUUAA